GCCUAUUUCUCCGACGUGCAGUGCUGUUUCUAAAACAAGAAGAAAAAGUAGUCACCGCUAGCACCAUCAAACAGCUUUGAGUCUUCUGAGAUCUGCUCCUCCAACCACACAGGAAUUCACCUACAGUUCAGCUCCUCUUCCUACAACAGUUUAUGAAAGCCAGUUGAAAACAUGACCGAUCCAGAACCCUGCAGAAUAAAACAGGAAGAUACUGAACAACAAAUAGACCUGAUUAAAGCGAACAAGGAGAUUGAAGAACUGAUUGAAGAGGGGGAGAACCAUCAUGUAAAAACUGAAGAAACAUCCCCAUGCAAGCAAAAUCUUGAUAUUCACAUAAAUUGUCAUCUUGAUGGGAUGCUGUACAAAUGUGAUCAGUGUGAAAAGACUUUCACAAUAAAAGGAAACCUUACAAAGCACAUGAAUAUCCACACAGGGGAAAAGCCAUACACAUGUACUCAAUGUGGGAAGAGCUUCAGACUAAAAGUAAUCCUUAAAAAACACAUGGAUAUCCAUGCUGGGGAGAAGCCGUACACAUGUGGUCAAUGUAGAAGGAGCUUCAGACUAAAAGCAACCCUUAAACAACACAUGAAAAUCCACACUGGAGAGAAGCCCUACACAUGCAGUCAGUGUGGGAAGAGCUUCAGACUAAAAGCUACCCUUAUCGAACACACAAGGAUUCAUACUGGAGAGAAGCCGUACACAUGUGAUCAGUGUGGGAAGAGUUUCACACAAAAAGGAUACCGUGAUGCACACCUAAAAACCCACACUGGAGAGAAGCCCUACACAUGUGAUCAGUGUGGGAAGAGUUUCACUCAGAAAGGAGCCCUUAAUGUACACAUGAGGAUCCACACUGGAGAGAAGCCGCACAAAUGUAAUCAUUGUGGGAAGAGUUUCAGACUUAAGCAACCACUUGACGAACACAUAAGGAUCCACACUGGAGAGAAGCCGUACACAUGUAAUCAGUGUGGAAAGAGUUUCAGAAAAUACGGUGGUUUUAAAAAACAUCUGCUUACUCAUUCUAGAGAAAGACAAGAAAAUGGUCACCAAAAUGGUAAAAGAAAAAAUAGGGCAGAUUUCGUGAAGGACCGCCUGAAAGUUCAUAUAAAGGAAAAGCCUUUUGUAUGUUAUUUAUGUGGAAAGAGUUUUGGUCAGAUGGUUGCAUUAAAAAUACACCAAAAAAGACACAGCGGUGUGAAGGAUCAUGCUUGCUCUGAGUGUGGGAAGACUUUUUUUACAUACGGUGCAAUGAAAGUGCACCAGACAGUUCACACUACAGAAACACCUUACAAGUGCUCACACUGUGACAAGAGAUUCAAAAGGUCAACAUAUCUGCAAAUACAUCAGAGGAUCCACACUGGAGAGAAGCCGUAUACAUGUGAUCAAUGUGGGAAGAGCUUCAGACUAAAAGAAAUGCUUAAUCAACAUAUGAAUAUCCACAAUGGAGAGAAGCCGCACACAUGUGUUCACUGUGGGAAGAAUUUCAGACAAAAAGGAAACCUUAACAAACACAUGAAAAUCCACACUGGAGAGAAGUUACACACAUGUGAUCAGUGUGGGAAGGGUUUCUUAGAAAAAGGAAACCUUAAAGACCACAUGAAUAUUCACACUGGAGAGAGGCCACAUUCAUGUGAUCAAUGUGACAGGCAUUUUGCACAUAAAGGAAACCUCAUCAAACACAUGAAAAGCCACACUGGGGUGAAGCCACACACAUGUGAUCAGUGUGGGAAAAGUUUUGCAGAAAGGGCAACCCUUAAUGAACACAUGAGGAUCCACACUGGAGAGAAGCCGUACACAUGUGAUCAGUGUGGGAAGAGUUUCACACAAAGAGGAACCCUUUAUGAACACAUGAAAACCCACAGUAGAGAGAAGCCGUUUACUUGUGAUCAGUGUGGAAAGAGUUUCAAACGAAAAGAAAGCCUUCAUGAUCACAUGAAAAUCCACACUGGAGAGAAGCCGUACACAUGUGAUCAGUGUGGGAGGAGUUUUACUCGAAGAGGAACCCUGUAUCAACACAAGAAAACCCAUACUGGAGUGAAGCCAUUCACAUACCUGAUGGAAGAGAAUGAGGAGAGUGAAGCUGAGGAGAAACAUCAUGUCAACACUGGUGAAAAAUCGAAGAAGAGUCAAAGAAGAGUCCAAACGUCUGUAACCUGCCCUCAGUGUGGAAAGAGUUUCUCACAAAAACAAAUUCAAGUUCACAGGAAAAUCCACACUCAAGAGAGGCCACACACAUGUGAUCAAUGUGGGAAAAGUUUCACACAAAAAACAGGCCUGAAGGAACACAUGAAAAUCCACACUGGAGAGAAGCCGUACUCAUGUGAUCAGUGUGGGAAGAGUUUCAGUAAGGCGAACACCUUUAAAUUACAUCUGCGUUAUCAUUCUGGAAAAAGACCAUAUAACUGUGAUCAGUGUGGUAAACAAUUUUUUAGGACAGACGCCCUGAAGAACCACCUGAAAGUUCAUACAAAGGAGAAGCCUCACAUAUGUUCUUUGUGUGGAAAGUGUUUUGCUGAGUUGGCUGCUUUAAAAAAGCACCAGAAAAGACACAGCGGUGUGAAGAAUCAUAUGUGCUUUGAGUGUGGGAAUGUCUUUUUUGAUAGUGGUCAACUGAAACGGCACCAGAGAAUUCACACUGGAGAAAAACCUUACAAGUGUUCACACUGUGAGAAGAGUUUCAGUCAGUCAGAACAUCUGAAAACACAUGAGAGGGUCCACACUGGAGAAAAGCCUUUCACGUGUGAUCAUUGUGGGAAGAGUUUUGCCCGAAAUGGACAUCUUAAGGGUCACAUGAAAAUUCACAGAGAGAAGCUGUACCGCUGCCCUCCGUGUGGGAAAAGUUUUGCUACGUCGUCGUCUUUACUUAAUCAUACAAGAAACAAAUGUCUAAAAUCACAGUAUCUGCUCCUUCAGCCGCAGAGGGAUUUACCAACAGUUCAGCUCCUCCCACAACAGUUUAUAAAAAAAGGAAUCAGGCAGGAACAGGCAGGAACACGCAGGAACACAACGAUCCCUCUGUGUCUUCCAGUUCCUAAGGAUUCCCUCUACGUUCUCCAGGAUUGUGGUGUGUGGUUGUGGUUGUCUUCGUCACUCCAUUGUCUGUGUCCGUUGAUCGUCUGUAUCCAUCUUCAAACAAGAUUACGGCAUUAUCGCCAAGUUAUCCUUCUCUAUUUCUACAAAGUAUUUACUUACCUGCAUUCUCUCCUGUGGAUCCUCCUGUCUGGAACUCAUUGUCAAAAUAAACUGAUUUGUUUUUACUUACCAUCUGUCUCCAGUCCGCUUCGUAACAACAUGCCAAGAAGUUCAAACACACUUAACAAAAUAGAUGAGAACAAGGAGACUGAAGAACUGAUUAAAGACAGGGAGAGCCAUCAUGUAAAAACAGAAGAAACAUCCUCAUCGACAAGACGAGACAAAAUUCGGCCUGAGUGUGAAAAGAGUCUCUCAUUUAAGCAAAAUCUUGAUAUUCACAUAAAAUGUCACCUUGAAGAGAAACUGUACACAUGUGAUCAGUGUGAAAAGACUUUCACAGUAAAAAAAUACCUUACAAAACACAUGAAAAUCCACACUGCAGAGAAACCGUACACAUGUGAUCAGUGUGGGAAGAGUUUCACACAAAAAGAAUACCUUGAUGCACACCUAAAAACACACACUGGGGAGAAGCCCUACACAUGUGAUCAGUGUACGAAGAGUUUCAGACAAAAAGGAGCCCUUAAUGUACACAUGAGGAUCCACACUGGAGAGAAGCCGCACACAUGUAAUCAGUGUGGUAAGAGUUUCAGACUUAAGCAAACUCUUAACGAACACAUGUGGAUCCACACUGGAGAGAAACCGUACACAUGUGUUCAGUGUGGGAAGAGAUACACGCAAAAAGGAGCCCUUAAUGUACACAUGAGGAUCCACACUGGAGAGAAGCCAUACGCAUGUGAUAAGUGUGGGAAGAGUUACACACAAAAAGGAGCCCUUAAUGUACACAUGAGAAUCCACACUGGAGAGAAGCCGUACACAUGUGAUCAUUGUGGAAAGAGUUUCAGAAAAUGUGAUGUUUUUAAAAAUCAUCUCCUUACUCAUUCUAGAGAGAGACUAGAAAACUGUGACCAAAGCAGUAGAACAUUUCUAAAGGACCACAUGAAAGCUCAUAUGAAGGAGAAGCCUUACCUAUGUUAUUUAUGUGGAAAGAGAUUUAGUCAGAUGAUUGCAUUUAAGAUACACCAGAAAAGACACAGCGGUGUGAAGGAUCAUGCUUGCUCCAAGUGUGGGAAGACUUUUUUUACAUAUGGUGCGAUGAAAGUGCACCAGACAGUUCACACUACAGAAACGCCUUACAAAUGUUCACACUGUGACAAGAGAUUUAAACGGUCAGAAUAUCUGAGAAUACAUGAGAGGAUCCACACUGGAGAGAAGCCGUAUACAUGUGAUCAAUGCGGGAAGAGCUUCAGACUAAAAGAAACGCUUAAUCAACACAUGAAUAUCCACAAUGGGGAGAAGCCACACACAUGUGACCAGUGUGGGAAGAAUUUCAGACAAAAAAGACACCUCAACGAUCAUAUGAAAUUCCACACUGGAGAGAAGCUACAUACAUGUGAUCAGUGCGGGAAAACCUUUCUGCAUAAAGCAAACCUUAAAGACCACAUGAAUAUUCACACUGGAGAGAAGCUGUACACAUGUGAUCAGUGUGGGAAGAGUUUUGCAAAUAAAGGAAAUCUUAUGAAACACGUGAAUAGACACACUGGGAAGAAGCCACACACAUGUGAUCAAUGUGGGAAGAGUUUUGCAGAAAAGGCAACCCUUAAUGAACACAUGAGGAUCCACACUGGAGAGAAGCCAUACACAUGUGAUCAGUGUGGGAGGAGUUUCACACAAAGAGGAACGCUUAUUGCACACAAGAAAACCCACAGUAGAGAGAAGCCAUUUACAUGUGAUAAGUGUGGGAAGAGUUUCACACUAAGAGGAACGCUUACUGCACACAAGAAAACCCACAGUAGAGAGAAGCCAUAUACAUGUGAUCAGUGUGGGAAGAAUUUCAAACGAAAAGAAAGCCUUCAUGAUCACGUGAAAAUCCACACUGGAGAGAAGCCGUACACAUGUGAUCAGUGUGGGAAGAGUUUUACACAAAGAGGAACCCUUAUUGCACACAAGAACACCCACAGUAAAGAGAAGCCAUACACAUGUGAUCAGUGUGGGAGGAGAUUCACACAAAGAGGAACCCUUAUUGCACACAAGAAAACCCACAGUAGAGCGAAGCCAUAUACAUGUGAUCAGUGUGGGAAUAGUUUCAAACGAAAAGAAAGCCUUCAUGAUCACAUGAAACUCCACACUGGAGAGAAGCCGCACACAUGGAACUAG